AGCCACCGCCCCCUCCAUCCCCCGGGUGCGCAGACCCGAGAGCGGCGGGAGGAAGUCUGUCACGUGACGUGGGAGUACACGUGACUCGGCCUACACAUGACUUCCAGUCGCCAGGCACUUCCUGGGAAGCAAGGACGCGGGGAAGCAGAGAUGGUCCGAGCAGCUCUGUCGCCGCGGUUCUGUCUGCUGCUGCUGCUCUUCUGGGGGCCUCGAGGCGAGGCAGCCCCCGACCAGGACGAAAUCCAGUGUCUGCCCGGGCUGGCCAAACAGCCGUCUUUCCGCCAAUACUCUGGCUACCUCAAAGGCUCUGGCUCGAAGCACCUCCACUACUGGUUUGUGGAGUCCCAGAAGGAUCCCAAGACCAGCCCUGUGGUGCUUUGGCUCAACGGAGGGCCGGGCUGCAGCUCCCUAGAUGGCUUCCUCACCGAGCACGGGCCCUUCCUGAUCCAGCCAGAUGGUGUCACCCUGGAGUACAACCCCUAUUCUUGGAACCUGAUUGCCAACAUGUUGUACCUGGAGUCCCCAGCUGGGGUGGGCUUCUCCUACUCCAAUGACAAGUCUUAUGCAACCAAUGACACCGAGGUCGCCCAGAGUAAUUAUGAGGCCCUUCAAGAUUUCUUCCGCCUCUUCCCGGAAUACAAGGACAAUGAACUUUUCCUGACAGGAGAGAGCUAUGCCGGCAUUUACAUCCCCACCCUGGCUGUCUUGGUCAUGCAGGAUCCCAGCAUGAACCUUCAGGGGUUGGCUGUGGGCAAUGGACUCUCCUCCUAUGAGCAGAAUGACAACUCCCUCGUCUAUUUCGCCUACUACCAUGGCCUUCUGGGGAACAGGCUCUGGUCUUCCCUCCAGACCCACUGCUGCUCUCAAAACAAGUGUAACUUCUACGACAACAAAGACCCAGAAUGCGUGACGAGUGUCCAGGAAGUGUCGCGCAUCGUGGGCAACUCUGGGCUCAACAUCUACAACCUGUACGCCCCAUGUGCUGGGGGGGUACCCGGCCAUGUAAGGUAUGAGAAGGAUACUGUCAUGGUCCAGGAUUUGGGCAACAUCUUCACUCGCCUGCCAGUCAAGUGGAUGAGGCAUCAGGCACUGCUGCGUUCUGGGGUUAGGGUACAGCUGGACCCCCCCUGCACCAACACCACAGCCCCGUCCGCCUACCUCAACAACCCUUUCGUGAGGAAGGCCCUCCACAUCCCCGAACAGCUGCCCCGCUGGGACAUGUGCAACUUCCUGGUGAAUAUACAAUACCGCCGUCUCUACCAAAGCAUGUACUCUCCGUACCUUAAGCUGCUCGCCACACAGAAAUACCGGAUCCUGCUCUACAACGGAGAUGUGGACAUGGCCUGCAAUUUCAUGGGGGAUGAGUGGUUUGUGGAUUCUCUCAAUCAGAAGAUGGAGGUGCAGCGCCGACCCUGGUUAGUUGACUACGGGGACAGUGGGGAACAGAUUGCUGGCUUCGUGAAGGAGUUCUCCCACAUCGCCUUUCUCACCAUCAAGGGCGCUGGACACAUGGUCCCCACCGACAUGCCCCAGGCUGCCCUCACCAUGUUCUCCCGCUUUCUGAAUAAGCAGCCAUACUAAGGACCCCGGGGGCCAGCCCCCACUGCCUGAUCCAGCCCCUCCGAGCUUCUCCUACUAGAAGGGAGGUCCUCCUUGAUGCAAAAUGUCCCUGUGGGGCUGGUCCCUGCCUCCAGGACCGCUCCCCACCCUUUUCCCCCUCCAGCAGGCCCCUGUGCCUCACAUAGACAGCCUUGGGGGAAGUUAGCACUUUAUUCCUGACAGCGGUGGGGCCCGGCCCCCUCCCUGCUUGAAGAAUGCCCUUAAUGCACUGAUGCCACCCCAGGAACACAAUAGAGCUCAGGACAGCCCACUGGGAGGUUGGACGGACUGUAAUUGCUGGAUUGACUGUGAUUAUGGAAUUAAAUUGGGUACAGCUUAAAA